GGGGAGGAGUCCCGCAGCCUGGACUCGCUGGAGUCCUUCUCCAACCUGCACUCCUGCUGCCCGAGCAGCUCCGAGCUCAACAGCGACGCCGACGAGGCCGUGGUGGCCGGGGCCUCCUCGGGGGGCCCGGCCCCGGAGCCCGAAGGGGACAGGCCGGCGGCGGGCUCGCAGCUCCUCUCCGCUUCCAAGGAGCGCUUCCCGGGGCAGUCGGUCUAUCACAUCAAGUGGGUCCGCUGGAAGGAGGAGAACACGCCCGUCAUCACCCAGAACGAGAACGGCCCCUGCCCGUUGCUGGCCAUC